UGAUAUUUUUUAAAAGUUAAGGUAAUAAAAAAGGUUGGAAAUGUAAGACAAAAAACCUUAAAAACAGAAAGAAGUCUAAAAAAUAUUCGAUCUACAAUUUAACAACCAUCAAAAAUAUAAAAUUAAAUCUCAAAAAAAUGAAAUAAUCAAAUACUUUUAAUAUAGAAAAUUUUCUCAAAUCUAUCUUUGCGCUUGGGGCAAUGACGUAUCUAGUGAGGUUCUAACCGAGGCGCGUCUAUUGCUGGUUGAAAACUAUUUCCAAACCCUCUCUUAGGCCUGGGUUCGACUCUGGCCUUUGAGAAUUUCUGGAAGGGCUCCCUGCGGGGUAAAGCCUUAAAAAAAAAAUCUACAGAUCAAAUUCCUGCUCCAAACAAAAACAAAUGCUUCAGACCGACAUCAUGACGGCGAAAGUGAUUCAAAUAUUAAGUGGAUGGGUUCCUGCUAUAAAGAAAUCAUUCCGGCUGCUUCACGGGAUCAGCUACCGAUUGCUAUUGAUGGUGAAGCAGAUUUGAUCGGCCAAGAAAUGGCUAAGGAUGAUGAAAUAGAUUUGGUCCUGCAAGAAAUUCAAAUGCUGGAGAAUGCUCCUGAUGGUCCACUAUUAGCGAUGGCUAACAAUCAAGAAGGCUGGCGUUUAAAGGAUGUUUUAACUUGGGUUUUCCCUAUCACCAGCUUUACCCUGGAACUCCCUUCAGCGGUUUUCGAUCAGCUUUCCUCCAAAGAUCACUCUCAUUACGCGCAUAUUGUGAUGUUAAUUUCGUUCAUUGCACUGGUGGCUUGCAUUGCUGAGCUUAUUUACAAAGGUAAAAAGGAAAGAGUUACUUGGCAGCCGAGAGACAGAGUACCUUGGUUUCAUUGUCGACAAACCGGCAAGCCUUUUUGUAGCCUCUGGGAGAUCAUCGGAUUUGCUUGUGCUUUCCUUCAGUGUGUUGUUACAGCCAUCAAUUAUUCUUUUAUAUCUCGACAUCUUGACGGCCCUAUCAAAACAAGUGCUUUGCCAAUCCUCUUUGCUUUCGGUUUGUUGUGCUCUAAAUAUUUCGAGAAGCCAGGCAGGAACAGAGGAGGAAGGCCCAAUGGGGGCAGUGAAGCUGACCUUGUUCAAGUUCUUGUAGAGCCGUAGCUGACCACGAUCACAUUCAGGAUUUUGUCCCUAACUUUUGCUUUUUUUUUUCUUUUGAAAAGCUGGAAAAAGUAUGCUAUAUUGUAAAUUGUUCUCACAUGCUUUCAGCAUAAACCCAUUGUGCUUCCCUCAUGCUUUCGAUAAUUAUAACGAGAGUUUUACUGUCA